AUGUCCUCAUCGCAGGCCCCUGGUGACCGUAAUGGUGGCGACCAGCCAUCUGCCAAAAUUUUCUCUCUUUCAUCUAGUUCAAAUGGACCUGCCAAGAAAACCGCCUUCAACCUUCAAUCGAGUCGCGGGCGACUCGGCGCAAACAAGAGCCACGCUCUUCCCCGCCGUCCACACCAACUUAGACACAGCGGUGAUUCAUCAGACGAAGAUGAGCGCGCUCCCGCUCAUGAGGAAGUCUCUGGCUUUGACACACUCACCGGUGAAGCUAUUACCGCCGACGGAAAGGCUAUAAACGAUGCAAAUGAGCCACUGGUCAUUCCAGUCACGAGCAAAAAUAAUUGGCGCGAUAGACCUGGGACAAAUGCAAAGAAGAGCAAGAAAAAUCUUCUACCAGCCGAGGUCCAGGCUUUACAAGAGGCCCAACGAAAUGGACAGGCGCCUUCUGGCGGUGCGGUUGAGACGGAGGGCCCGAGUAUGGCUUACGGCCUCAGCUUCGUUGAUAAGCCUGCGGAUCAAGGGACGACUGAGACUAAGCCUCUUACGGAUGACCAGCUGGCCAUGCAAGCUUUGAUCAGCGAGAGCAAGGGCGAGGUGGAGCGGAGGUCAGACCUUGUUAUCCAGACAUCUGCAUCUCGUGAUGACGAGGACGAAGCGUCUGGCCGUUACGAUGAAACAAGCUCUUUCCGAACAGACACCAAUACAACGCCAUCCCUGUUGAAAGAAUUCGGAGCUGCGCUUCUCCGCGGAAUGGGCUGGAAAGAUGGACAACCCAUCGGACGGGGCAACUAUGGGUCUGCCGUUAAAGUGGACAGCAAUAAACCUCGGGUUCCAGAGAGACGUCCUGGCUUCCUGGGUAUUGGAGCCAAGGACUCAACAGGUGGAAAGGGCGCUGAGGCUGAGUUCGGCGCUUGGGGAAAAGCGGCGAUGCGCAAGGCGUCCAGGAAGGCGGGGGAGGAGAAUGGAAACAGAAACACCGAGGGUGUGUAUAUGCCAAUCACGAUGCAGAACAAGAAAACGGGAGAGCACAUUACAGAGGCGGAGCUAGAAGAACUGAAGAAAGCGUCCAAGUCCGAGCCCGCUAAGGACGACUGGCGCGAUCGCCGGGAUCGCAAUUUGGAGAAGAGCGGACGUGAUAGUGAUCGAGAUCGGGAUCGAAGCUAUCGUCAACGGGACUACGACAAUGAUCGCUCUGACCGGAGGACUGGAUCCUCAAAGAGAGACCGAAGCUCAUCUGCCAGUCGCCAUUCCUCCCGGCGCUCGCGCUAUGAUGAAGAAGAUCGUCGCAAAGAUGAUCGGUCAUAUCGAGACCGUGACCGUGACCGUGACCGUGACCGUGACCGUGACCGUGACCGUGACCGCGACAGAGAUCGGCGACGGGAUCGCGAUGAGGAACAAGACUCUCGCCGGGACAGGGAUCGUGAUCGUGAUCGUGAUCGACGACAUCGCGACGACAAGUACAGCGGCUCCAAGCAAUCGUCUCACUCGUCUCGAAACGACCGAGACCGCGAUCGUGGCCGCGAUUCUCGUCGAAGCCGGAGGGACGAUUGA